AUGGAGACCACCAAAAACCACAACAUCCAACUGCUAACAACGCUGGUGGACCCCGACGACCAAGAAGAGGGCGAAUACCGCUUCCUCGUCAACGGCACGCACGUCAAGUACGUGACCGUGGCCCCCGGCACCCUCCCCAAAGACGACCGGACAUUUGCCCCAACCGAUACCGGCAAGCCCGUCUUUCUCCGCACCGAAAAAGCCGACCUCCCCGGCGUCAAAACCAUCUGGCACGCAACCUCCAUCGACCACCUGCAACCCCGCAAACUAGCCCGUCUCCGCCAAAACAUCCACAUCGUGUCGCACCCACUUUUUAAUGACCCGGUAGUCAUCAAAUUCACCGAAUUCCCUUGGCAGACACCCUACUUCGAAUCCGAGACUGCUGCGUACCAGUGGAUCGAGGGGUGCGACAUUGAGUACAUUGACAAGGCCAGGGCCGUGGGACCGGCGGAUCUCGUGGCCUGUCAAGAGGUUCUAAAGAGGUUGCAUGCGCUCGGUGUCAAGCAUGGGGAUAUUAACAAGCAUAUUUUCAUGAUGCGGGAGGAUGGCCGGUGUGUGCUUCACGACUUUGAGACGGCCAAGCAAGGCGCCUCGAAGGAGGAGUUGGAGGAAGAGUAUCAGCGGUUGAGCGAGUCGCUGCGGGAUCCGUCUUUGCGAGGGGCGGUUCCGGCUGUUGUGCUUAGUGAAGAGAUGCCAAAUUAGGUUCUUUUGGCCGUAUGUGAUUGUUCGUCACAUUAAGGGCGUUUAGGAUCAAGUCUCUUGAGGUUGUGCGACCACCGCUUAUGGGAUCACCCUAGCUCAGGGGAGGAACAGGGAAAACUCAGGACAAGUAACCAGGGAGCUACAGACACAAGCAACUGCACAACGACCUACAGGCAGAGCAUAGAGACACAAAAGCCAGGUCAAGACUGCGUCUAGAUUACUAGUCUGGUAUUAGGGGGAUCUAGAUACUUGUACUGGUAUGUCGUAUAUCCAAAGGAAACCCCACGCUUCACC